AUGGGCAUCGAAGAGCAGGUGCGCGGCCUUGUCGACAAGGCGAUUGCGCUGCCGCUGGGCACACGCGUCCUUACUGGGCUCGUGCUUGUCUUUUCUGGCCUGCUGGCGCUGCUGCGCAUCUUUGCGCUGCUGCCCACCAGUGUCGGCGCGGCGUAUGCGGACGGUGCGGUGCACUAUCCGUACCUGGUUGUGGUCCCCGGCCAAGUGCUCUGGUUCCCCUGGACGCUGCUCACGGCGGCCUUUUGCGAGACGAGCAUUGUCGAGUUUCUCGUGUCGAUCGGCACGGUGCCGCUGGCCGCGGCCUACCUCGAGCAGCACUGGGGCGCAGUCGAGCUGCUCCAGUUUACGGCGAUUGUCGUGGUGGUGUCGAAUGUGAUUGCGUCCGGCCUGUCGGUCCUGAUGUUUAUGGUGCUCCGCACCGACAAGGCCCUCUUUGGCACGCAGUUCCACGGUCUCGAGGCGCUGCAGACCGGCUUCCUGGUCGCCUUUGCGCAGCUCAUCCCGCAGCACCAGAUCCAGCUGUUUGGCUCGCGCAUCGCUGUGCACGUCCGCGACCUGCCGAUGUUGUACGUCGGCUUCUCGAACGUCAUGUGCCUCCUCGGCUUCAUGUCGCCGUACCUCUUGAUCCAGUUUGGCUGGCUCGUUGCGUGGGUCUACCUGCGCUUCUACCAGCUGGGCGAGAUGGGCGUGCGCGGCGACCGCAGCGACACGUUUGCGUUCAUCCACUGGUUCCCUCCGUUUGUGCACAAGCCCCUCGGCAAGGUCACCGCGCUGGUGCACUCGAUCGUGAUGCGCCUCGGCCUCGUGCCGCGGUGGGCGACCGAGUACACGGACCUCGAGCUGAACGUCGACGCGACCACCACGCACACCGCCAGCGCACGCGCCGAGGCCGAGCGGCGACGCGCCAUGGCCCUCGAGGCCCUCGACCAACGCAUGGCCGGCGCAGACACCAAGGCGCCGCUGCCGGAAGAACCUGCGCAAAAAAGCGGUGAGACGUCGAACGCGACGUCGGCUACAUAG